UAAAGAAAAGAAUUAAGCCCGCCCAGAUAUUAAUUUCGAAAAAUUAGCAGUAGCAGAACCCCACCCAAUUCCCUUCUCCGGUCAAUUUCCAAGCGAUUUCUCUGGUAUAUUUGCAGCGGCGAUGCCUAUGGAAGAAGGCGGAGGAAGCUCGGAGACCGAGUUCGUUAACAUCGACACCGCCUCCUACUCACUCGAUAGCUCCGCCAUUUUCCACGUCGUCACCGACAUAAUUGCAUUUAUUCUGUUCAUGCACCAGCAAAUCCCCUCAGUGCUUCAGGAUAUUACACAGGAAUUCGAUGAAUUGCGCGCUGAGUUCAAAGAAUUGGAAGUCGAGCUUGCGAAAAAUGAAGUGAAGGCGAUAUCGACAAGGAGGAAGCAAGCUACAAGGAAAAGAGAGGUGAAAAUGGGGAUAAGAAGGUUUGAAAAAUUGAUGGCUUGUGUUUCCAAUCUAAAAUCUGCUCUUCAGCUAAUGUUUGCUGAAGUUCCGACGGUCGAGACGAUUUCUCUUGUUCUUGGUCCUAGUCCUCUUAGGCCUUUGCAUGUUUAUGAACUGAGCUUUCCACAGGGGAGUGUUGUUUCUGGAGAUUUUAGUCGAAGUAAAACUGCGGAUAAUCUUUCUAGAAAGGCGAUUCGGACAAUGAUAUCAAGCGGAGCUGGAGCGGAUUCAUAUGCUGGUCCAACAAAAUUGUUUCUCUUAGUCAAAGCUCCCUCACACCUUAAUUUGCCUUUGCACUUUCUUCCCAAGCGCGAGUUUCGGCAAAAUAGGAAGAGGGUGCCACUUAGAUUAAGAUUUAGGUGCAGAACCCGAGAUCCGCAAAUGAAUGCUCAACUUAAUGAUUGUGCUAACUCUGAUGGAUUGAUCGACUCUGCAUCAAAUGAUUUAAUCUGGUUUCAGUGUCGGCACACAAUCAAGGGGAUAGCUUUCAGGACAUCACCUCCAGAAGAUUGAGUUGUCACCGAUCUUGAAUGCAUAAAUCUGUAAUAUGGGAAUCUUGACCAGAAUUUGUCUGAAAAUAUAUUGCUACAGUUUUUAGUGCAAUGAGAAAUGUAGUCUGUUUAAAUUCUUAGGCAUGCUUGUACUUGCCGUAAGCAUGCACUGGAAUUGUUUGUAAGUUGUUCAUUGUAAUAUGACAUAUUCCUCACCUUGUUCGUGUUGUUUCCCCUAUUUUGGCUCAA